UCUGCCUCCCGAACGGAAACAACCGAUAGCAAAUUCGCUUACUUCAAUUAAAUGCUUUAUUAGCCGCCAUACAAUGUGUCUGGAGGACCUUUAAAAUGGUCGCAGCAGUCUCAAGGCCGGACACUCCGAACUGUUACAGAAUGCAAACCUGUUUAACAAACUCAGGUAAAAACCUGGGAUUGUGAUGUCAGUACAUAAGCAGAAGGAAGUAAUGCUUCCUGCAGGAAAGAUGGAAAUUUUGACCUUCUAGAAGCAAGCCAUAGUCCAACUGAAAGAUUAAAACAGAGCAAGCCAAACUGAAGUAGUAAGACAAACUCAUUCUGCAAGAGCAUCCUUCAAAGAGGGAUUAUGGCUCAUGGACUGCAGAUAAGAGAUGAGGAAAGUGGCUACAACAAAAAUCUAUUUUGCAUUCCAAAGCAUUAUGAAGAAGAUUUAGAAAGAAUCUUCAUUCCUCAUGGACUCAUCCUGGGCAGGACAGAACGUUUGGCUAAAGAUAUCAUGCAAGACAUGGGAAGUCAUCACACUGUUGCACUAUGUGUCCUUAAAAGAGGCUAUAAAUUCUUUGCUGAUUUGCUAGACCAUAUAAAAUCACUAAAUCAAAAUGGUGAUAAAUCUGUGCCUGUUACCGUGGAUUUUGUCAGAAUAAAAAGCUACUGUAAUGAUUCACCUGCAGAAAAAAUCACCUUCUCUGCUCUGCCUUACAGCCCGCUCAUUAAAAUGACAUGUCAGAGUCCAGGUUACAGACCAGACUAUACAGACUUUGAAAUUCCAGAUAAAUUUGUGGUUGGAUACUCUUGA